AUGGCAAACAGAACAGUGAAGGAUGCCUCUACAGUAAAAGGAACCAAUCCGCAAUUUUUGAUCGAGAAGAUCAUUCGUCAACGUAUCUAUGACAGCAAGUUCUGGAAAGAAGAAUGCUUUGCCUUAUCAGCCGAACUUCUCGUCGACAAAGGAAUGGAACUACGAUACCUUGGCGGAAUCUACGCGGGAAACAUCAAGCCGACUCCAUUUCUCUGUUUGGUGCUCAAAAUGCUUCAGCUUCAGCCGGAUCGUGAGAUUGUAAUGGAGUUCAUAAAACAGGACGAGUUUAAAUAUAUUCGAGCUCUGGGUGCUCUAUACUUACGAAUGGCCUUCCCGUCGCUUGACAUCUACAAUUAUUUGGAGCCAUUGUACAGUGAUUUUCGAAAACUUCGGAUAAUGAAUCAUAUGGGCAGAUUCGAAUUGAUGCAUAUGGACGACUUUAUUGAUAUGCUAUUGCGAGAAGAGCGCGUGUUCGACAUACAAAUGCCACGCUUACAGAAACGAAUCGCUCUUGAAGAAAUAGCGGCCAUCGAGGAGUACAAAUCACCUCUUGACGAGGAUCUUGGAAAGGUCUCCGAAUCUGAAUCAGACGAUGAUGAUAAGGGCACGCGCAAAAAGGAGAGACCAAGUUUGAUUAGCCGGAGAAGAAGCAGAUCUCGGGAGCGUGGAGAGCGUGGAGAGCGUGAUCGCGACGAUCGAAAGAAAAGUGAUAAGAAAGAAAGAGAUAGAUCUCGUGAACGAGACCGUGAUCGUCGAAGGCGCUCGAAGAGUCGUGAACGUGAUGAUAAAGAUCGCCGUGAUAAAGAUCGAGAGCGUGGACGUGAAAAGGAUCGUGGGAAACGGCAAAGCUCAUUGGAGCGUGAAAUCGAUGAGGCGAACGCUCAACGCAAGCAACUCGGAUUGGCCCCUCUACAACGA